UCAAUUUUUAAUAAAAUUUUCUUUUUCAAUUUCAAAUGACUAGCAAUCAAAACAAAAACAUUAACAACUCCAACAAACGACAAAAACAACUUGGACGAAUUUCCUCUCUUGGUUUGUUGUUUCCUCAAUCAUUUAAUAAUAAUACAAACAACCAACAACAACAUCCGAUUGUCUAUAGAGGCCGUAGUUUUGUUAAUUUACUUCCUCCUCCUUCAAGAAUUGAACAAAAUGGUGAAUUAAUUUUUUUAUUUUUUUUAAUAAUUUAG